UUGUGUCUUGAAGUCCCCAACACAAAAGGCAGAGCCGGAACUACAAAGUUUUUGGAUUUUCUGUUUGUUUGUUUGUUUCCUUUUUUGUUUUUUUACGCUGGGACUGGUGAAUCGCCACCUUAAAGACAAGAUUAAAUUGAUUGAUUCUCCAAGAGAGAAGUACUCUUUGAUACUGUCCCUCUCCAUCUGUCUUCAUAUUCCAAAGGAGCAUUUUUUAUCCUGCAGUUUCUGACCUUGGACCAACAUGUUCAGUUUUGAUAAAACACCGAGUGGACUAAGUGAUCCUUCAACCAACAACCAGACAACAACCCAAGAGCACCCACAGAGCCUCGGGCCGACCUGCACUUGGACUUGGAAUCCAGAAGGCUAUACCACAGCAGACAGCAGACACCUGAGCAAAGGCAAUACAGGUAGUCCCUCUGUAUGUCAACAGUGUGGAACGAUGAGCCUUGAACAUCCCCGGAAAGGGCAAAAGAGGAAACGGCAGGAAGAGUGGGGAACCCUUGUACAGACUCAAGAGCCAGCUGAGCCUAGGAGGAGGGUGAAACAGGAACAGGGUGAAAUUGAGCUUGGGUGUGAAGAACCCGACAAGGGUCAGAUACAGAAACCCCAGGAAAGGGAUCGAUCACAGCUAAAGCCCCGAGAGUGUGCCAAAGGCUCUCAGGAUGAGGCCGUGACUGAGGUGAAGUCUGUGGAUGGUGGGAAGGGUCACAAACGUUCCUACUGCAACACAGAGGAAGGUGUUCAGGAACACCACAAGUACCGAAGGCUGUUGGAACACCUUCAAACCGGUGAUCAUGUGAGCUCUGACCCUCACAGUGCUCACACGAGCCCUGUGGACACCUCGAAGAUGAUCAAGGGCCGUGUGGAGGGACAGAUUCACAGAUCUGAACCAACUCACUCUGAGCCAGCACAAUCUGCCUGUGCUGUCACGAGAGAAGAUCAGUCACCAGUGAACAGUGAGAAGAGGUCUUCAGAGGAGAAAAUUUCUAAUACAGAAGAGAUAUGUCAGCAAUGA